CGGAAGUGUUUGGAGCGUUUGCGUAAGCUAGGUCACAUUGGUUCUGUGUUUUGAGAAACGCCAUCGCAAUGGAAGCAGCCCAAACUGAGGAGGUCCAUCUGAGGCAUGUGGAGAAAGAUGUCCUCGUCCCAAAAAUGAUGAGGGAGAAAGCCAGGGUGCUCUGUUCUGAGAAAGUAGAAGCCUUCAACCACUGUUGCAAAGAAUCCAGUUUCCUCAUGGUGUUCAAGUGUCGAGAAGAGAAUUCACUGAUGAAGGAUUGUCUGACACAAUACUAUAGGGAUCCUGCCUUCUACGAGGAGUGUAAGCAGGAAUACAUCAAAGAGAAACUGGAGUUUCAGAGGACGGGGAUCCCAAGCAAGAACAGGAAACAAAAACUCCCAGCCAGCAUGUAACAAACAGAUGAUACUUCAAUAACUUGGCUCACAUGGUGUGGAGCAUGAGGCUUAGUCCAGAGCAAAUAUCAAGUCAUGCAGGAUACAUGCAGGUCAUCUGGCAGAGUUUAUUACUAAUGAAGCCACACGCUUAUUGCGCUCUAUGGGUUUAAGUUUGUGGGGUGUGUGACUACAACCUACUUAUGUGUUCAAGAGUGGUUAUUUAAUCAAAAACAAUGCAUAUUUUUAAAUAUUCUGCAACUUUUCAAAGCAUUGUCCAUCAGAGGACUGCAAAUGUCACAUUCAAAUGAUCUUCACUUACUUAAUUUAAUCAGCAGUGUAAUCAAAGCAGGAAUAUACAAUCUAUCUUACAUGACAUUUACUGAUCAUGUGACAUUGACCUGUAGCUGUACCUGGGAAAUCUUCAUGAGAGUGUAGUGCUUUCACUUAGGUGUGCAGUUAUAAGUGUCAUUAAAUUGUUCAUGCAAUGACAGCACAUGCAGUAAUGAUGAGUGUACUUUGUUGCUAUUGCCUGGCUCCACAGCUUGGAUCAUUGUGUUUGCAGAAGAAAGAUUAUGUUAACAUAUAAAGAAAAAGAAUGUCAUAAAAAUGUGUACAUUGUAUGUAAGAAACCUCUAACCAAGCAGAAACAUGUAUGACACAUGCAAAUAAAUGUGACAUUGUAAAUAUUCAGUGGCAGUAAAGAGUAUAUCACUGUCAAAUUCUAUGAAACAUGAAAUGCUUAUGAAUGCACUAUUCUUUAGAUAAACUUUGGUCUUUUCCAGUAAAUUUGUGACAUGAAUGAUGUAUUUCUGCUGUAUUCUUUUUGCUGUGAAUGUGUCACAAUAGCUUUCACAUUCAGGCAUCUUUGAUUUGAAUGAGCCUGCAGUGCAUUUGCACUUUGUUUCACCUGCAGCGAAUUUGAAAGUGGCUAGUCACUGCAAUACU